CAACUCUGCCAGAAAGUUUACUUCUGCUGUUAGUCUGGAUUUACUAGAGGCUCUCGUAAUUUCAUUUUUUCUCUUUUGCUAAUAUUCGAAUUUAUUUGUUGAAAAUGACCAUCAAAAAUUUUUCAAUUGAAUAUGACUCCAUCAACAGCCAAAACACCUUCACAAACGGAGAUACAAUCAAUGGAAGGAUAAUCAUAGAGGUCUCAACACAAACUUCAAUCCAAUCGUUAAUUUUCAUUGGGAAAGGAAGUGCAAAGGUUGGCUGGCAUGAAUAUUAUGGAAUGUAUAACCAUUGUUACUACUGGUCUGACGAGAAAUAUUAUGAGAUCAAGCAACGUAUCUUGAGAGCUGGUACUGAAUGUAUAAACAAAGGAAGACAUGUUUUCCCCUUUUCAUUCAAUAUCCCUAACAGGAAAAUGCCGUCGUCAUUCAAGUCACCUACAGGUAGAAUUGUUCAUAAACUCAAAGCGGAGCUCAAACAAUCAAUGAAGCUGACAAAAAAAGCAAAAGCCCACUUUACAUUUAUCUCCAAAGCAGACAUGAAUAUACCUGGACUCAUGGAACCUCAGCAUGGUUGCACGGAUAAAAAACUCAAAGUCUUUGGUUCUGGAACCAUUGCAAUGAAGAUUUACACCAAAAAAAUGGGAUACCAACAAGGUGAAGCUCUCCAAGUCAAAGUUGAAAUUCAUAACAAGUCAUCCCGUUCCUUGAAGCCCAAAUUUGUAUUGUAUGAAAAGCAGAGUUUCUUUGCUCAAGGUCACAGGAAACUUUGCACACAGGAUAUUCUCAAAGAGAGACUUGAGACAAUUGAACCCGAUCAAAAAGAGAUUGUGAAGAAGGUGAUCCCAAUCCCAAGGAAUUUGCCUUCCUCUAUUCUAAACUCUGCAAUUAUCAAGCUGGAAUACAGGCUGAAGAUCUUUCUGGAUGUGAAAUAUGUUCUAAACCCAGAAGUUAAACUUCCAAUAGUUGUCCUACCUGCCUUUGAGGGUCCAACGGGAAGACAGCCUCCACGUCAUGCUGCUUAUGGAUUUGAAGAAUUUGGGUAUUCAAAUCAACAGAACUGGGGCAACGAUGCACAAAAUUUAGAUCUCCCUCCACCGUAUGAAGCACACAAGUGUAAAAUGCCAUCAACUUUCGAUUCAUCGACUGGUAGAAUUGUUCAUGAGCUUACAGCGGAGCUCAAACAAUUAAAGAAGCGGACAAAAACAACGAACUCCCACUUCACAUUUGUCUCCAAAGCAGAUAUGGAUAUACAUGGGCUUACGGAUACUCAGCAUGAUCACACCGAGACAAAAUGUAAGGGGAUUAAGUCUGGAACUAUUGGAAUGGAUGUUUACACACAAAAAAUGGGAUACCAACCAGGUGAAGCUAUCCAUCUCAAAGUUGAAAUUAAUAACCAGACAUCACGUGAAUUGAAGCCCAGAUUUGUCUUGUACGAAGACCAGAGUUUCUAUGCUAAAGAGAUGAGAGUUCGCAAAAAUAAAAUCUUAAAGGAGAGACUUGAAUCUGUUGCUGCCACUGGCAAUGAGACAACAUAUGAGAAUGUGAUCACACUACCGAGGAAUCUGGCUCCCUCCAUUCUGAGCUCUGCCAUAAUCCGUCUGGAAUACAGCCUGAAGGUCGUUCUGGCCCUCAGAUGUGCAAAAGACGUAGAAGUCAUACUUCCAAUAGUUGUCCUACCUGCCUUGGAGAUUCCUCAGGGAAACUAACCUCCAAGUCCUGCUGCUUUUGGAUUUGAGGAAUUUGAGAAUUUAAACCAAAAGAGCUGCAGAAAAACACCCCAACCUUUUUGAUGUCCAUCCACCAUUUGAAGCACAGCCUGGACAUCCUAAUGUUUAGUAAUUCAGACAAGUAUGGAAGUUGAAGAUAAACCACACGCACACACACAAAUUGUUGCACGAAAAACAAACACCUCAAACUUGAAAAAUAAAAAAAUGACAUACGUUUUAAUGGAAAAAUGUCAUCCAUAAAAGUUAUUUUAAUACAUUAUAAUGAUGUCAAUAUUCCUUUUCUUGAUUACCAAUUAAAACUUCAUUCAACAAACAUUCAUUCUUUACAUUUUCAUAUCUACAUGUGACUUUUUUUGUUUUAACCAUGUCUCACAUAUACUGUACCGUACAUGACAGAAUAGCAUCCAACAACAGGGUAGGAAAAGACACAGGUCCCUAUUUAGAUGUUAUGUUGCAAGAUAAAAAUAUUAAAAAUUUAAAUUAAAAAAAAUCUACCAAUAACUAACAAGUUUUCAGUUUCACGUCACUACAGUGUAUCACAAAAGUGAGUACAACCCUCGCUUUUCUGCAGGU